AUGCAAGCUGUCAGUGGCGUGGCUGUAGUGGAGUCUUUUACCGGAUCGCAACAACCCAAUGUGACACUCACCAAUGGCUCAUCUGGCGUCAAUGCGAACACUACUGCCCAAACAUCUGGUGUCAACGUGAACAAUAAUGCUCAAACUUCCGUCAAUCAUACAAAAUUUCACGAGCCCGAACAUUCCUUUGUCCCCCCGCAAUCCCCCACAUGGAAGAAUGCCUUAGCGGCUGUGGAUACAAACCCACGCCGCAUCUCUUCUAGCCUUUCUGCACGUAAUUUGCGUGGCUAUCAAUUUCCGGACCCCUUCCUUUUCAUCAGUGGUAACCAUAACAGAUUGAUGAUCUUGGCCUGGUUAAUGAUGCGGGAUCAGUGGCUUCAGUCCCUCGUCGGCGUUGACUCGACUCCACAACUGCCAUCGCCUCAACAUUGGCGCAGCCUUUUGCACAAUUUCACAAAGAUAAUGCAGUUGGUGCCUUCAGUCCCCUCGACGAGCAACACCUCAUUCGGUGGCGUGCAAAAGAAUAAGGGAAAGAAGCCUAAUCCUUCAAAUCAACGUCGUGCACAAAAAGCAAAGGAGGCUCAAGGGUCCAUCUUCUCGAGUGCGGUGUCGAUUGGUGAUUGUCCAGGCACUGUUUACUGGGGUGACAUAGUGGCGAUGCAAGGAGAAACUGAUCAUCUCUCCCUUCUCAUGAUGGCACAGGUGAUCUGGAAUGCUUUCGAACAAAACCUUCGCUAUGAAGUACGCCAUCUCGAUCGCUAUCUUCUGCCCUCAGCGUGGACCUCCGAUUCUUCUGCUGGUGUCCGCGAGAAUUUAAUAUGCAGCAUGUUCCCGGAGGACAGUGAUGGAGUUUUAGUUGCUGGGGUUCCUCUCUUCACGCAGGGUCUCGCGGCGGAAAAGUGGCAGGAUUGCUUGGCGUAUGUGGACGCCUUGCGGCGUUUGAUGACAGUGUGGCCGGGUGAUGGUGCGAGGAGAUUAAAGGCACGCUACCUUUCCAAUUCGACCACACAGGCAGUGUUCGAAGAAACAGAACAAAUGGUGGCCAGUCUCUACUGCCAAACAUUCUUUGAUUGCUUUGGCCGUGCCCCAUGCACCCCGCAUCAAAUUCCUGGAUUCACGGAAGGAUCAUUGUCAGGCUGA